AUGAAAACGGAAGACGUAAUAAAAUCAGGUUCUGAAAAAGUAACUGUAGUAACGGCUUACUGGAAUUUGGGAAGUUUUCAAAAGGGACCAUCUAAGAAUUUGGUGUUCAAGUCGAAUUUGUAUAAAAAGUGGAUGUCAACUUUUCAAUACUUGGCAAACCCAUUAGUUGCGUUUGUGGAUGACAAAAAAUUUGCAGAUCAUUUACGACAUCUACGAAGGAACAUGGCUAAUGCUACCAAAAUUAUCCUAAUAGAGAAAUCCAAGCUUUGGUCUUUUGGAUUGAAGGACAAAAUACACAAUAUCUAUUCAAAACCUGGGUAUCCAAAAUUCUAUCCAAAUACUGUGCUACCAGGAUAUUCAUGCGCUCAACACGCUAAAUAUGACGCUGUGCAGAUGGCAAUAGAGAAAAAUUAUUUUCAUACAAAUUACUUUACUUGGCUCGACAUUGGUUAUUUUCGCGAAAAACUAGAAAGUACUCGUCUUUUCGAGUUGAUUCUCCCUCCACAAUUCAAUCCCAACCGUAUUUCAUUUACUGAAGUGGGAAGAUAUGAAGACAUUUCUUUAAGGAAAAUUGUCUACGAAAAUAAAGUGUGGGUCGGAGGUGGAAUGGCUUUAGGAAAAUCUGAAAUUUUUCUGAAAUUCAUCGCAGAAUAUAAGAAGGCAACCGAGACAUUUAUAAAAAUGUCAUUAAUGAGCACGGAUCAACAAGUGUUAUACGGACUAUAUUCUCGGCAAGGGCGAAAACUCCUCAAGCCUACAAUAGAAUUACAAACGUAUAGAUCGGAUGAUUGGUUCCAUUUAGGAUUGUUGUGUCAUCGCUAUGCUAAUAAGUAG